UGUGCGUGCACGCUGUCAGUCAAAUUGCAUCAAGAUGGCCGCCUCCAGUGCAGUGCUCUCAAUGUCCAAAAUCAUCAAACCCAUUUGGGGUGGACGGUUGGCAGCGACGGCAAAAGUUUUUGGAGCCACAGUGAGCAGUCGCAGAGAGAAGUCAACAGUAGGACAAAUCAUUCCCCCUCCUGCAAAGUAUGGUGGCAGACACACUGUAACUCUCAUACCUGGAGAUGGUAUUGGACCAGAACUUCUCAAUCACGUCAGGGAGCUCUUCAGGUUCAGCUGUGUGCCUGUGGACUUUGAGGUAGUGAACGUUUGCUCAGCUACUGAGGAUGACAUCAACAACGCCAUCACUGCCAUCCGCCGUAAUGGAGUGGCCCUCAAAGGUAACAUUGAAACCCUCCACACCCUGCCUGCUUCCCACAAGUCCAGAAACAACCUCCUCCGUACCACUUUGGACCUGUAUGCCAACGUCAUGCACUGUAAGUCCCUGCCUGGAGUCCAGACUCGGCACAACAACAUUGACAUCAUGAUCAUCAGGGAGAACACUGAGGGAGAGUACAGCAGUCUGGAGCAUGAGAGUGUAUCAGGGGUGGUGGAGUGUCUCAAGAUCAUCACCCGGACUAACUCCCUAAGAAUCGCUGAGUAUGCCUUUAAAUUGGCCCGGGAGAAAGGUCGCAAGAGGGUCACUGCCGUCCAUAAGGCCAACAUCAUGAAGCUGGGAGAUGGUCUGUUCCUGCAGUGCUGUAGAGAGGUGGCUGCUGGGUACCCUGACAUUGCCUUUGACGCCAUGAUAGUCGACAACACCACCAUGCAGCUGGUGUCCAAACCCCAGCAGUUUGAUGUGAUGGUGAUGCCCAACCUGUAUGGGAACGUGGUCAGCAACGUGUGUGCUGGCCUGGUGGGAGGGCCAGGGCUGGUGCCAGGGGCUAACUACGGCCGCGACUAUGCUGUCUUCGAAACGGCCACCAGGAACACAGGGAAGAGUAUUGCUGACAGGAACAUUGCUAACCCCACUGCCAUGCUAUUGGCCAGCUGCAUGAUGCUGGACCACCUCAAGCUCCAUGAUUAUGCCACUAUGAUCAGGAAUGCAGUCCUGACAACCAUGAACGAGACUCAGUUGCACACAGCUGACAUUGGGGGGCAGGGCACCACCUCUGAGGUGGUCCAGGCUAUCAUGAGGAACAUCCAGAGCAAGGGGCCUCUCACCAGCGAGCUCUGAACACACACACUUUGUGGAUGUGUCUUGUAUGUUUAAAACAGCUGUAAUGUAUGUGUGUGCUGAGUGAGUGGGGUAGUGUUUGUGCAUGUUUGUUUCUAUAGUGAUACUCCUCUGUGUUGUUGACGUGUGGGAGCGGUUCAGUCCUGUCUUUACACACACACACACACACACACACACCUCUUUCAGACUAGCAGAGUGUAUUCAUCAGUUGUCUUCUCCUUUGUAUUCAUGUCUGUAUCAAUGAUUACGUUUAGUUUCACACCAGUCUGUCUUUCCAUAACCAUUCCCUGGCCGGUUCACGCACAUUAACCUUUGUGCAUAAACAAAGGAAGUAGUAGGCCCAAACUCUACAUCAGUAAUAGCAUGCUCUAGUGAAGAAGUAAAAGCAAGGAUCUAUCUCUUAGGUUUAACCCCAGGACAUGAUAGCUACUCUCUGCAUCCUACAAGCCAGUACAUAAUAGCUAGAUUGCAACACAAUCAGCUGCACUUGAGACAUUGGCUUUGUUUGAUUGUAUUUAAGCAGUCGUUCUUGGGUACAUGGGUUCACUGUAGUCAUUUGUGAGAGUUGAACCGGUUUUAGUAUUUUCUCACAGUACAAAUGACAAAGAAAGAGUGUAAACAGUUAUGUUUCUCACAGUACUGCAAUCUUGAUAAUAAAUGUUUUGAUGUUCUUCUCACAGUCCAGCAGUGCUUA